GGGCGAGGGAGAGCUUUGUAUGCAUCUCUGUGUGUGGAGUAAAGGUGGCCAGAGUUUUUUCCCUCUGGUUGCAUAUUUAACAUGCUGAUAGAAAUUUGGUAAGACGGAUUUAAGUUUCCCUAAAUUAAAGUCCCUGGCUACUAGGAGCGCCGCCUCUGGGUGAGUGUUUUCCUGUUUGCUUAUGGCGGAAUAAAGCUCAUUCAGUGCAGUCUUAGUGGCAACAUCAGUCUGUGGGGGUAUGUAGACAGCUACGAAAAAUACAGAUGAAAACGCUCUAGGUAGAUAGAUGUUGUAUAUAGCUUAUCAUGACAUACUCUACCUCAGGCGAGCAAAACCUUGAGACUUCCUUAGAUAUCGUGCACCAGCUGUUAUUUACAAAAAUGCAUAGUCCGCCGCCCCUUCUCUUACCAGACACCGCUGUUCUAUCCUGCCAAUACAGCGUAUAACAGGCCAGCUGUAUGUUGAUAAUGUCGUCGUUCAGCCCCGACUCCGUGAAGCAUAAGAUAUUACAGUUUUGAAUGUCCCGUUGGUAGUUUAAUCUUCCACGUAGGUCAUCGAUUUAAUUUUCCAAUGAUUGCACGUUUGCUGGCAGAAUGGAAAGAAGUGGGGGUUUAUUUGAUCGCCUACAAAUUCUCAGAAGACAGCCCGCCCUCUGGCCCCUUUUUCUCCGCCUUCUCUUCACGCAAAUGACGGGGAUGACGGGCCUGUUCCCGGGAAAGCAGUAUAUCAUUCCGUCAGACACGUUAAAGGGAAAAAGGAUUCUGACAGUCCGUGGUGAGUAAUCGUAGUUCUGAUGUCCAGAAGUUAUUUUCGGUCAUAAGAGACAGUAGCAGCAACAUUAUGCACAAAAUAAGUUUAAAAAACAAGUUACGCAAAGAAAAAAGAAAAAAACACAAUUGGUUAGGAAUACGUAAAAUGUCAGCCUUGGUCUCCGGCGCCAUGUUAUUCCGAUCCUAACCAUACAGCUGACCUCUGGGAGUGAAAUGGGACUACAUUCUCAAAGCCCACCUCUACCUGAAGAAGUAUACUCGCCCACCCCACAGUUUAAUAGCAAUUAGAUGGGUUGAUCCAUUCUGUUAACAGUUUUUGACCUUUAAACACUCACUAAAUACUUCUCGCCCACUGACUUGAAGGUAAUGACUUCAAAUCAAAGUGUUUACCGCCUGAGGUGGACUGACUAGGUCAUGAGGUUGGAGGGCUGUGGCAUGGUGUCGACACGGGUAUAACCUCAUGGAAGCCUCUUUUUGGAGGUGUUUUUAGUUUGUUGUCGAAGUUACAAAAUGGUUACACAUUUAGACCCAGACACUUCUUUCAAAUAUAUGGUUGUGUAUGUACAGUUGUAUAGCUUUUUGACACUUUCCAGUCUUCAAAACUGAAAGCUGACAGUAUGGAUUGAGUCAACCAUUCUGACCAGGUUCUCCAAGUCUUGCAGCAAUUUUGUGCCACAUUACCAAUAACCAGCACCUUAAAUCGGUAAUUACAGCAAUCCAACAAACAUUUAGGGGGUCAUUUCGAUGCAGAAAAACUUCAAGAGCUGACAACAAAUUACUGACGUCAUUUUGCUCCCUGAAACUUCUUUCACCAGUCCACCCAAUUCUUAGCAGUUAUUAUGUCGUUAGCGCAUAACUCAUAGAAUUCAACAUGGGCUUGAAAGGUUAAAUGAGCCCCCAACAUUAGCCUCUGCUAUCCAAGUGAAUCUUCAUAUUGUGCCAAAGAUACAAAAUGGACCAGAAAAGUAGAGGUAUGUGGCUCAUUGAUCAGUGUUAUGAAACCAUUUUUUUUUUACUACAUCAUGACAGUUUUUGGCAGUAGCCUUUUUUCACCAUCCAUUAAGCUGGAGCCUGAGAGUAAUUGUAAGAGGAGUUUAGUGGGGCGUGCAAAUACAUCAUGAAAAUGAUAUAUGUUCGCAACUAGUGGCGAGGGAUCCAUACUGUGUGUUUGUUUUUUAUGUGUAUAUGUGAGACCUCUGUUGAACUGAGGGAGAAAUAUCAUCAUUAGUGUCAUGCUGGGUACUGAAGCUAAUGGAUUUGUCAAUAGGUUCUGCAUGUAUCACGGUACUCUUGAGAUUUUUUUGUCAAGGAGCAAUAGUUUAAUUUUGACCCCACACUCACAUGGUCUCUUUCUCUCCCUCUCUCACACUCAUACUGUGGCCCCCAACUUCAAGGCACACACCCACACACACUGUCGCCCCACACUUCAAGGCAAAGAUGCCCUAAAUGACUCCAAGCAAAUGUGAUGGGGGACAAAUGACAAAAUACAAAAUGCUUCCCGGCUUUUCUUCAAGGCUCGCCUCUCUCUCAGCGACACUCUUCUGGGCACUCUCUCCGUCACCCUAUUGCACACAGAGGUGUCACGACCCCGCAGUGACCUGCUCCUGACUAGCCCACCUUACGCCACGGGACUCCGGGGGCCCAGGGCCAAAGAGCUAAGCCAACAGUGUGAAAGGGGCCGCCAAUAUACUAAUGGGGUUGGGUUGAUUCCUGGGAGAUGAGAGGAAGAGGCUAUCACCCGCCUCCUCACACGCUCGUUGGGCUGUGACUUGGAGUGAAAAGGGUCUGGACGGCUUAUACGAGCCACUAGGUCCUUCUCGGCCGUCCCCUCACCUUGAGAAUUCAAUAGGAUGCAGAUGCCCCCCCAAAAAACCACCCGACCCCCCCACCCCAGUCGAUAUGUUCGUGUCGGAGAUGAAAGUGGGAAGUGAGGGGAGGAAAGGGGGUGGCAGGGGGGUCCUGACACUAAUAUAGUACAUUGGAAUUCACUUACAGAACUUCCAAGUUCUUUUGUCAAGCUUAAAGGCCCGCUAGGCUCUUUGAACCCCUGGCUGACCGCCCUCGGAUAGCUUUUUUUUCACCCUGCCUUUUUUUCUAGCGUCAAUGAGAUAUUCUCCACAUUCCUGAUGACCGUCACGACACAGUCUGAGACAUCUACCGGUAGCGAUGAUGGUGCAAAGCCACGGUGCAUUUUGUAACAAACUCUCUUUUGCGGCUGUGGGGUUUAUCCCAAGACCAUUAGCUUACUUGCUUGUUCUUUUCUUCACUCAGUCGCUGUGGGUAACCUAAUCCUAACUCUUGGGUUGCUGGCUUGCCUGCCCACCUCCCCCUCCUCUCCUCAGAAGGACUGAGACAGCUCCCCAUUCAUAAACCUCGACUCUAGUCAUUGUCAACCAGUAGGCUCAACUUUCCACCCAAGAAAAUUCUCAAUUGUUGAUCACAAUUCUGACUAACCUUCAUAGCCACUUAGCCUAAAUUCUAAAUGUAAAUGGUUCUAAGAACAAAUCUGACAUACGCCGUAGUUCGUGUCGCUUAAUGUGACUGAUUAGAGCCCAGAGUCAAUGCAAUGUAUCCUCCAUCCUAGAAUAAACUAUGGAAUGGAACAGUUUCUCCAUGUGUCAUACCUGCUGUAACGUGGUUCUACCAGAGGGGUAGAUACCAUAGAAGUGCCACAAAACAGUGAACAAUGACUUUUUAUUUUCAUGAGUCUUCAUCAUUUUUUUCAAGAUUGCCACCAAGCUUUUUCAACAUCUGACCGAGGCAGUAGAAAAAAACGUUGAUUUAAAAAAAUAAAUAAAAAAAAGUGAAAAUGUGCAGGUAAGCAGUACGCAGGAGCUUCUUCUUUUGAAGCUUGCCACAAGUGUCACACAGUUGAGCAGCACAUCAAAAGACACAGCUCUGUUCACUCUGUACCACAGCUCCUGGUUUAUACUUUCAAGGCAUUGGCACAAGCCUGUGCUUUGGAGGCGAUGAGUAACUCAAUGCUGGCUCCUUUUGUGCAGUAUCAUAAUUAUAGUUUAUUAUGCCUGUGGUUUUAAUCACUUUUCAUAAAGCUUCAUUUUGGACUGCCAGCCAAUGCUUUCAACAUAUUGUCUUUUGUUGAUUGUAAGUAUUUUGGAUGUACACCAAAUGAAAGCCCCAGGUCAAUCUAAUCAUCAGACAUUCACACAUUGUGUUUAUUCCGCUGUUCCUAUCAUAAAUUAUUAUAUUUUGUGUAAUUAGGAUUUUUUAAUAUUUUGGAAAUGGAGGACCUAGGAGUUUCACAAUUCUGGGGAUAAUAUUUUGGCAUUAUAUUGGUUCACACAGCCACCCUCAUUCUUGUCGGAUAUUCAAAGUGCCAUCAACUAUAGUUUAAAUAGGUACCACUAACCCAAUGGGAAAAUUAUGAAUUUUUAUUUUAAACGCAUUGAGGAUGGAAUGCUGUAAUUCCCGUUGUAAUAGGACAAUAAAGGGGAAUCACACACUGGUCCUAAGUGGCGGGAGGGAUGAUCGAUCAUUCCACUGCGAGUUCAGAGGGCCUCGUAAACACAUUCACACCUCUCUUUCAUUUAAAUGCGGGAUAAGUUAUAGCAUAUUAUUGAAAAAUCGAGUUCCACAACAACCUGCAUUUCAAUGCUGUCUGGGAGAGUAAAGCCCAAUCCACAAACGAAGUGGCCUCCAACAUAACUUGAAACCAAGAGAAGCCGAGAAAGAGUAGUCUUGACUGUUGCCUAACCAACUCGGCACACAAUUUUGUAAUAUUGUGUUCUGAAAAUACAUGACACAAUGUUUAUCAUUACAAAGGUAAUACAACAAAAACUGCGGCAAUAAUAAACUAAUAUUAAUUCGAUAUUAAUAAUACUAACACUGAAUAACAAAUAUAUAUAUAUAUAAAAAACAGAUAGGCAUUUAUGAAAAAUACAAAAUAUGAUUUAAGCUUAAAAUGAGAAUCCACUAUUCGCCCAAGUAAGCUAUUUUAAACUUGAAAUAGGCUUCCACCUGCUUUUAAGGUAAUAUCGAAUUGCUCCAAAUAAAAUGUAGCCUAUAUACAAGUCUCUAAAAAAAAGGUUAAAAAAACAAGUCAAUCAAUUCGUGUGUUCCUCCUUGUACCAACUCCCUCCCAAUCACUAUCAUUUCUGACUCGAGGAAAACAUUCUCCAAACUGAUGGCCUCUCAAAGAUUACCCUAUCAGGUGCAAACCGCUGACACGUUUCCACCCACCACCAACAGAAAAACCUCACUGUGCCCAAAUCCUUAGCCGCAGAUACUCCACUGACAGGCAUUACACCAUCGCCCCUGCUACGAAGAUCUGCCGCUGCGUUAGAUUCAGGUUUCAUAUUUAUAGCUACCCUCUGGAUAACACCAACGUUUUAUCAGAACGCGAGGUAUUCCACGUAAAAAAUAUAUAUAUAUAUAUAUAUGAUCAUAUUCGAUUUUACGCACUUGUCCCCUUUUGCCAUUUUCCCACUGUGGAGUCGGAAGAUUUAAAAUGAUCCUUGCAAUGUGUAGAUAUCCCCCGCAGGUACGGACGGAACUGAAGUACCUCUGAUCUUUGGAGUAGCACCUUUGGGAGGAAAGAGGGUGCGCGCAAUGGAUUUUUAAACAAGGGGAAAUCUACUCAGCAAUGGUUGCAAGUUGAAUAUUUCCACGCCUGGCAAGACACCGCUGUCUAAACGGACAGUGAGAGCGGAGAUAGGAGAUUUGGAGGCGGACAAGAAACAAUACGUUACCUUUUCCCUCUGGAUCAUUUUCUUACAACAAGGAAGCACCUAAUGUUGCAUGCAGUGACAUUUUUGCACUCCAGUUAUUUAUCAUUACACUGGGAUUCAAAGGCACCUCCGGGAUUGUGUGCGUAAGGACGCUGGCGGGUCUAUCCUCAACUUCUCCCGGGGCUUUAAAACUGUGGAAACAGGUGUAUUUCAGCAAGUCAAGAUGUCUGUUGUGCCUUCGAGGUUCAUAUACCUGUGUUUACAUUUUCUGGUCCUCUAUUUCCAGCUCCAGGAAUCUCAACAGAGCUCAGCCGAUUUCAGGAUCUAUAUUGAGAACCACACGCGGAACCCGGACGACCUGAGCCGGAAGCAGAUCCGUAUCUACCAGCUGUACAGCCACACCACGGGCAAGCAUGUCCAGAUCCUGGGCAAGAAGGUCAACGCCAACGGAGACGAUGGGGGCAAGUACGCUCUUCUUGUUGUCGAGACGGAGACCUUUGGGAGCCAUAUUCGAAUAAAAGGGAAGGAGAGUGAGUAUUACAUCUGUAUGAACAAGAAUGGCAAAAUAGUUGGAAAGCUCAAUGGAAGGAAUCAGGAGUGCGUCUUCGUGGAAGAAUUCUUGGAGAACAAUUACACAGCUCUCGUGUCGGCCAAGUACAAAGGGUGGUACCUAGGCUUCAACAGGAAGGGGAGGCCCAAAAAAGGAUCGCGGACCACACAAACACAACAGGAAGUGCAUUUCAUGAAACGCCACCCGAAGGGCAAGGUGGACCCACUGGAUGAGUUCCGUUUCACUACAGUAACUAAGCGGACACGAAGGGCGCGACGCUUAAAACAGAACCCCGAAACUAACUGAUGGUCCGAUGGGACAUCAGACACACUGUUUUCCCAAGGAAAUCACGAGAUUCUUGCCUUAAAACACCUUGAAGACUUUUGUAAAAAAAAAAAAAAGAACGACGACAAAAAAAGAACAAACAUUUCAAAGAUGUUUUAUUUUUAUAUUUCAGGAACAUUGAACAUCUCCCAAAUGUUGGGUGUUUCUGGGUUGUUAUAAUUAUUACAAUGUGUCUUAUUUUAUUUAUAUCGGAUAACUAAGGAUGACAAAGGGCCCUUAUUGCUUAUCUUCGGCUCCUUUGAAUUGCAAACUGAAGGCAUAUUUCUGACAAUGAGGGUGGGAAGCAUGAGUUUAUAAAUGUUGUAAAAAGAAAGCGCUAGAUUUUAUUGGAAUACCUGUCAGUUUUGUUUGUGUCAUCCCCCCCCCCCCGACAACACGGAUCCCGUAUUUCUACUGGAAUCAGACGCCAGGGAGACGAGACGGAAAGAGGUGACAGUGGCAGGUGACACAGUCUACCUAGAUAACUGUGUAGCUUUGAGUGCAAUAUUUGACAGUGCCCACUCUCCCUCCCCCAACUCUCCCUCCGUGUUGAUACCUUUUGCCUGAAUCGUUGCCUACUCUGGAUGGAAUGCGCUGAACACGUUGUGUACAGUGUGAUUUCCUUGACAUUUUUUUUGUUGUACAACUGAUGAUUCAACAUGCUUUGACUAGCCAGGCAUCAGACAGACGGUGUCGUAGUUUUGUUUAACCUGAGUUGAUGUGGCUCAGAAGUUAACUGGCUAUUACGAUGGGAAACGUAAUAUCACACCUUUAGCCUUACGUGUCUUACUGUGGUAGAAAGUUGGAGAGAAAAAAAGCCUAAUGAAUACUGGACAGCUUUUGAAACAUUGCCUUAUAUGAUGUUAUCUGAUAUACUUCAGAAUCAUUUUUUUGACACAGAGCAAGCUUUCUGUUAUUAUUAACAUCUGCAUCCACCAAUUUUGCCCUGCUUUUCAUAGGCCUACAACCAAAAGGUGGAUUGUAUUUCUGGUUGUUCAUGGUGCACCCCAAGCACCCAUGUUCAAAGAGACAUCCCAAAAACUGUUAAUCUUUAACAAUGUGUUCAACCAAGCCAGUUAUAAUGUCGAGAGCACUGAAUUGUUCAAAUGUGUACUUAGACAGGUAUAGAGUCAUCCUAUCCACCCACUAUCUCUGUAUUGUAAGACCUAACUCUCAAACCCUGAAAACCAUACAACCAGAAAUAUGCUUAUUUUGGAUUCAGGAAACGACUGCAGCCAUUACUAGACCUGACAACCAGGGGAGUUGUGAUCCCUACAGAACAUUGUAGAUCAUUACCAUUGAUGACAAAGUUCAGCCUCUAUUCCUGGGUAGAGCUGUAGUAGCCUAUAUAUUUGUCUACCAACUGACAGGUUUUGUAUGAGAUGCUACUAACAACAUGACACAUUUAUGUUUUUUUUUUUUUAAAUGUAUGCAAAACAAUUUUAUGACUAUUAUAAGAUAUUUAUUGCCUUUCUUUGUAAAUACAAUGUGAUGAAUUUAUUUGGCCUCUGUUAAUAAAAUGAGGACUAUAUUUAAAACCA